UGUCCCCGGUCCGUGCGUGUCCCGGGGCGUGUCCCGGGGCGUGUCCCCGGUCCGUGCGUGUCCCGGGGCGUGUCCCCGGUCCGUGCGUGUCCCGGGGCGUGUCCCCGGUCCGUGCGUGUCCCGGGGCGUGUCCUCGGCGGCGUUGCCGGUGCCGGGAGCGCAGCGAUGGCGGCGGCGGAGCUGGAGCGGCUGCGGAUGGCGGGGGCCGGGAUGGCCAUCGCCGUCCUCACCAGCGGCGGCGACGCGCAAGGCAUGAACGCCGCUGUCCGCGCUGUCACCCGCAUGGGGAUAUACGUGGGAGCCAAGGUCUUCCUCAUCUACGAGGGCUACGAGGGGCUGGUGGAGGGGGGUGACAACAUCAAACAAGCCAACUGGCUCAGCGUCUCCAACAUCAUCCAGCUGGGCGGGACGGUGAUCGGCAGCGCCCGCUGCAAGGCCUUCACCACACGGGCAGGCCGGCUCCGGGCCGCCCGCAACCUGGUGGAGCACGGCAUCACCAACCUGUGCGUCAUCGGCGGCGACGGCAGCCUCACCGGUGCCAACAUCUUCCGCUCCGAGUGGGCUGGGCUGCUGGAGGAGCUGGUCCGAGAUGGGCAGAUCAGCGAGGAGGUGGCGAGGAAGAACUGCCACCUGAACAUCGUGGGGCUGGUGGGCUCCAUCGACAACGACUUCUGCGGCACCGACAUGACCAUCGGCACCGACUCGGCGCUGCACCGCAUCAUGGAGGUCGUCGACGCCAUCACCACCACGGCGCAGAGCCACCAGCGGACGUUCGUGCUGGAGGUGAUGGGUCGCCACUGCGGGUACCUGGCGCUGGUGUCCGGCUUGGCCUCGGGCGCUGACUGGCUCUUCAUCCCCGAGUCCCCUCCGGAGGACGGCUGGGAGGACCUCAUGUGCGAGAGGCUUGGGGAGACACGCAGCCGGGGCUCGCGGCUCAACAUCAUCAUCAUCGCCGAGGGCGCCAUCGACCGCAGCGGCAAACCCAUCUCCUCCAACUACGUGAAGGACCUGGUGGUGCAACGCCUGGGCUUCGACACGCGGGUCACCGUCCUCGGCCACGUGCAGCGCGGGGGGACCCCGUCCGCCUUUGACCGCGUGCUGAGCAGCAAGAUGGGGAUGGAGGCGGUGAUGGCGCUGCUGGAGGCCACGCCAGACACCCCGGCCUGCGUGGUCAGCCACUCUGGGAACCAGUCGGUGCGGCUGCCACUCAUGGAGUGUGUCCAGGUGACAAAGGAUGUGCAGAAGGCCAUGGACGAGAAGAGGUUUGAGGAGGCCAUCCAGCUCCGUGGAAGGAGUUUUGAGAACAACUGGAACAUCUACAAGCUGCUGGCGCACCAGAAGCCAGCUCAGGAGAAGAGCCCCUUCAGCUUGGCCAUUCUGAACGUGGGAGCACCGGCCGCCGGCAUGAACGCUGCCGUGCGCUCGGCCGUGCGCAUCAGCAUCUGCCAGGGACACACCAUCUACGUGGUGAGCGACGGCUUCGAGGGCCUGGCCAAGGGGCAGGUCCGCGAGGUGGGCUGGCAUGACGUGGCAGGAUGGCUGGGCCGCGGUGGCUCCAUGCUGGGCACCAAGCGGACGCUGCCCAAGACCUGCAUGGAGAAGAUCGUGGAGAACGUGCGCAAAUUCAACAUCCAGGGGCUCCUGGUCAUUGGGGGCUUUGAGGCAUACGAGGGGGUGCUGCAGCUGGUGGAGGCACGCGGGCAGUACGAGGAGCUCUGCAUCGUCAUGUGCGUCAUCCCCGCCACCAUCAGCAACAACGUGCCCGGCACCGACUUCAGCCUGGGCUCCGACACGGCCGUCAACGCCGCCAUGGAGAGCUGUGACCGCAUCAAGCAGUCGGCCUCGGGCACCAAGCGCCGCGUGUUCAUUGUGGAGACCAUGGGGGGCUACUGCGGGUACCUGUCCACGGUCACCGGCAUCGCCGUGGGCGCCGACGCUGCCUACGUCUAUGAGGACCCCUUCACCAUCCACGACUUAAAGGCCAACGUGGAGCACUUGACUGACAAAAUGAAGACAGAUAUCCAGAGAGGGCUGGUGCUGCGCAAUGAGAAGUGCCACGAGCACUACACCACCGAGUUCCUCUACAACCUUUACUCCUCCGAGGGCAAAGGCAUCUUUGACUGUAGGAUCAACGUCCUGGGCCACCUCCAGCAGGGGGGAGCCCCAACCCCCUUUGACCGGAACUAUGGGACCAAGCUGGGAGUGAAGGCGGUGCUGUGGAUGUCAGAGAAGCUGCAGCAAGUCUACAGCAAGGGACGUGUGUUUGCCAACUCUGGAGACACUGCCUGUGUGAUCGGGCUGCGGAAGAAGGUGGUGGCCUUCAGCCCUGUGACGGAGCUCAAGAAAGUCACGGAUUUUGAGCACAGGCUGCCCCAGGAGCAGUGGUGGCUGAACCUACGACUGAUGCUGAAGAUGCUUGCCAACUACCAGAUCAGCCUCACCGAGUACAUCUCGGGGCAGAUGGAGCACGUCACCCGUCGCACCCUCAGCAUCGAGAAGGGCUUCUAGUCCCACCAGCCUGACCCAUAGCCCCCGCCGUGUCCUCUCUGUGCCCACAUGCUGCUGGGGGAGCACUGUGUCCCCUCUGUUCUCAGUAGCCCUGUAGCUUUGCCAUCGACCCCUUACAGCAGGCAGAGCCUGGUGCUGUGUCCCAGAACGGCACAAUCCUGCCCCGAAUCACUGCUGCGGGUUCUGGUCCCUGUGCAGAUGCAGAAGAGUUGGUUGAGCCCAGCUGCACAGCCCAGACCCUUAAUCUUCCCUUAAUAGUUUAUUAUUAUUUAAUGAUGGGGUAUUUUGAGUCCUUACUUAGCAGCUUGACCGCCUGAGCCAGCUGCUGCUGCUUGUAGUCGCCUGCCCCACGUGCGGGAGGGGAGUGAGGAGGAUGCGGAGCCAUCCCAGAGUGGGUUGGAGCUGGUCCCAGGGGUUCCUGGGUGUCCCCGUGGAGCUCCAUCCCCCGUGGGGGUCUUGAGGGCUGAGCACGGGGUCCUGGCGAGCCCCUGUCCCCUUGCAUGAUGCUUGGCUGCGACCAUCACCACGUGGCUGUGGGCGCUGUGUCCGUCACCUCACCGCUGCUCUGUGACCCCCAGGUCCUGCACCGCCCACGGCACUGCUCCUCUCCUCUAGAGAUAAAACCUGCUGGAGCCAAA